AUGAACAGACAUGUGUGGAGCGAGAGCGAGGACUGUCUCCCCUUCCUACAGUUGGCCCAGGAUUACAUCUCUUCCUGUGGGAAAAAGACUCUUCUGGAGGUGCUGGAGAAGGUCUUCACAUCCUUCAGACCUUUACUCGGUCUUCCAGACAUAGAAGAUGACAGUUUUGAGCAUUAUCACAAUGACAUGGAAGGAGAACCAGGGCCUGACCAGCAGCAGAUGGGAGUCAGCCAGCAGUGAUCUGUCCCUGAAAGGCCUGCAGCUGGGAUAGAGCGACCCAAAAAAUCCCAGGCCACAACUCCUGCGUCCCCACUACUGUUACACAUAUAUACACACACACACACACAUAGACAAACAAACACACACACACACACUUGCUAAAAAAAAUGUUCUUGAAUGUUUCAGUGGCUUUGCUUUCCAAAGAGUGCCCUCUCUGUGCACUUUGUCGCCCCCUACGACACGCGCCCGCCCGCCCACACACACACACGAAGGCUACGUGAGUCGUCUUAUCAUUCACCAUUGGGUUAGUUAAAGUUCCACAGCACAGCAAUACUAGUUACGUGGGUUGACUUUCAUAUGCAGAAAUACGGUCAGAUGUUAACGCAAUACUCUACUUCCUCUCCGAACGCUGAGAUGAAUGUGGAAGAUAACCUACUUUCUUUAUUCUUGGUUGACACUAAGGCAGUGCGAGAGGGAAAGCGGUCGGAAACUGACGGUUGAAAACGUGGAGUGAUGUACGAGCAGCGAGUUGGGAGAACGGUAUUAGAUACGUGUCCGAAAAGUGUUUGAAAACAUUUGUGCUCCCCGGUGUAGAAAUCAAAGCUUCACAGUAGCAUGGGUCGUAUUUUAGAAACGUGUCUCUCUGUUUCGUUUUAUGGGGACAUUUGAAAUCUGUGCUACUUAUUAUAUCACCGUCACCACGGAGACAUUAAUGCUGCAGCUUAAUCUCUUCCCCGUUCAGCAUCCCAUUGUUACACGACCACCGUCCGUAGUCUUCCUGGUUGCCACCGAUCUGCCAUCAUUUCCCCCAACGAUCUAACGUGUUCCUCUCCUGAUAUGUCUUCUGAGAGUGUUGUUUUGAACUUUUGUGCAUCCCUCAAGGUUUUUUCCCUCCCCCCCCCGAUUUUAAAAUUUGAUUGGCCCACACCUGGGUGUCACGGACCCAGGGGAGAGACAGUGGCCCUGCUUGCCCCAGGUGCACGUCACCAUCCAGCGCAAACGAUGCUUCCGGCGCGACUCCAACAUGCCGGAGCGUCAUUAUUUAUCUGCUUACUUUGCUUUGUAAAUGUUUUGUCUUUUUAACUGCCUCUCUGGAUGUUCCUCAUGCAGUGUAUCCUCCGUUUGCCCUCCGACGUGUGAAAUUGUUCAAUAAAGCGUGUAAAAACGA